CAUUUGCGAGAAGCGAAGAGAGGGAGCGGGACGCCUUCUGGGCCUGAACUAGUAUCGAUAAUGCUGACAAUGAAGUGAAUCAUGUUUUAUAUCCUGCUUCUGUACUUUGUUGUCCAAGGAGCAGGUAAGACUGAAGAGAUUUUACUGGCUAGAAGGGCCAAGUCAUCAUGGGAGUGCAUUGCCCUGGAUGGGGAGAGGGUCCGCCAUGGCGAAACCUUUGUGCCAGGCCCAGACAUGUGUACUGUUUGUAGGUGUGAGGAAGGGAAAGCUCACUUGUGCCAAGCUGUCCUGUGUCAACCCCCUCAGGACUGCAAAUCUUUUCGCAUUGGAACAUUGUGCUGCGACUUCAUAUGUUUAGAUGACAUCCUUCCCAAGAUUCCUGAUGGGAAAAUAAAUCCAUCCACUGACCUCGGGCUUCGCAUGGUUGCCUCAGCUGUCACAGCAAUACUGUCACUAGCAUUGCUUUUAUUCUUAAUCCAUAGACUGAGGCAACGUAGGCUUAGAGCCCAGCAACAGUAUUAUGAAGAUCAGUUAGACUCACCAGUGGGUCCCUCUACAGAUGCCUGCCACAAUAAUGCAUGUUGCCACAAUGCUGCUUAUUGCAAUGGGAAUGAUCAUGCAGAGUUCUUUGUAGAUAGCCAUACUCCACCUUACUUGUGGAAGCCACCAUCCUUCUAUUUCCCUCAUGAUGAUGCACCACCUCCCUAUAGUGAAGUUGUGGGCAGCUCUUACAGACUCUCUGAAACUAAUGGUGCUCUGCCAUCCCUGGGUCCCCUCAUGGUGCAACUCGGCCCCCCUCCGGGUGAGUCUUCAGAUUUAAGUGAUGGGGUACUACCUGUAGUGGAUGGUGCUAGUAGCAAUGGCACAAGAAUGUGGCACUCACCAGUGGCUGGGGCAUCUACCCGGAAUAUUGAGGGUGCCCAUGGAAUAGAUGUUACUCUCAGGUCUGAUGAAGUCUAUGAGGAUCACAGUGGAGUUCCCAGUGACCUGCCUCCACCAUACCAUGCAGCCUCAGAACCUCUUAAUGACUUGAAUAGGGGCACACAGACAAAUCCGCUAGAGCCCCAAUCCCGGUGUAAUGAGACAAGAUGUAGGGCUAGGACUACUCCAGAAGAAGGGCCAAGCAGUAGCAGUGUCCCUGAACCUACGGUGUGUAGAAACAACAAUAACAAUGUGCAUCAACCACCGCAACAGCAACAACAGGAGCAGCAGCAUUCCUCAUCUGAACCUGCUGUCAGACUACGGUCUCAUGAACAUCGGUCAUCUGUGGUCCUGAGAGAUGGAGAACGCACUUCUACCAUGGAAGAGUUUCAGCUGCGACUGAGUAUGGAUAUAUCUGAUUCCUCAACCUCAUCUGACGGCCCAACACGGACAUUUUCCUCCUCAUCUGAGGAUUCCACCUCCAUGGAUGCUUCAGAAAUGCACUGAAGCUAAUGUGGCAGCUGUUGUUAUGAGCUUUAUAUUUUGAAAGGAAGGCAGAUGUCUUACCAGGUAAAAUUUUAGUAUCAGAGUAUAUUUUUUUAUAGUUAUUAUUUUUUCUCUUCCUUUGUGAUUAAGUUAGAUUAUUUUUAUAAAAAACAUGCAUCAGAGAUGAAUAAUUUGAUUAUCUUAUUUUAUCUUGAAGUCAGUAUUCUGUUGGUUACAGUAUUUUUUGCAGAAAAGGUUUUAUGGAGAAGUGCUGACUAUUUUGAAAGCUUCCUAUAAUGUGGAGUCAACUCCUAUUGAAGUUUAUUUUGAAGAUAACCUAUAUAAACAUGGAAAAUGUAGCAGAAGUCAAGAAAAAAAUCAUGGGACAAUUUGAAGUAUGUACACACACACACACACACACGCACACACACACACACACACACACACACACACACACACACACACACACACACACACACACACACACACACAC